AUGUCAUCUUCGCCUCCACCGAUUCUCUAUGUCGAUUAUGGCGAUACAAUUGCCGAUGUGGCUAUGCGAGAAGCAACAUCGACCAGUCUAACAACGACCACCUCCAUAUUGCUGACGGUCCUUUUAUUGUUGACAUUCUUCUCCAAUUUAUUUCUUGUCGCAACCAUUACUGCAAGGUGAGAUACAAUUUUUGGCACAGCCAAAGCCACACUGCGUAUUUUACAAGUUCAUUUCAGUUGCAAACUACGUGCCAAUUUACUUUACCUCAUCUUUAUUCAACUGGGUAUUCUUAAUCUUAUUGAGUCAAUCUUUGUGAUGUUCGUAUCCCUGUUGUAUGUUGCCAACAAUAAUUGGGUAUUUGGGGAUGUGGUUUGUCGAAUUAAUGCCACGGCUCAGGAUGUAAGUGAAAAUUUUAAAAAUUUUUGGCGGUGUAGAGAGGCGUUUUGAAACUUUUGUUACGACCAUUACAAUAUUUUUUUUCACAUUUUCAGUUCGUAUUCCUCCAAUCAUUCUUCACCAUCAUGCUUAUGGCUGUAGAGCGAGCCCUUGGCCUCACGACCAGUGGUCGCCUACUUCUCACCAGAAGAUAUGCCAUCUGCCUCUCCUUACUGUUCACUGCCAUCUCCUUUUGUUUUGCAUCUCCGGCUCUCUUUAAAGGCUUUAAUGUCCAGCCGUUUCCCUAUCGAUACAUAUGUGCGAUCGGAUCGAAUGCGCCACUGCCCUAUGCGAUCGUUCAGAUGAUUGUUUAUGGCGGAGGAAUCUUCGUGAUAACUAUGUGUUUCUGCGCGAUUAUGAGGUACAAGAGGUUCACGACGGAUAGCAGGACAUUGCCGGCGAAGCCUCAGGUAAAUUGAGACUUCUUGUUUGUAAAAAAAUCAUUCUCAGGACUACGGUGCGUUUAUCAUGGAGUCCCGAGCAUUGGAAGACUACAUGACAAUGACCCGACUGAUCAUCUUCAUCUUUAUUGCAUAUAUUCUCCUUCAAGGACCGUAUCUCGUUCUCAAUUUCUUUGUUCAAAUUCGCAACAGUGAACAACUACUGGCCGCGAAUGCCAAUGUAAUAGAAGUCUCGCAAGAUCUCGACACUCUUCUAACUUUCCUCAUGAUGUUUUACCCGUUCACUGUGACUGUCUUGAUCUUCUGUUUCUGUCGUGAUAUCUGGCUAAAGAUGGUGAAUCUCCUGUUUUGCCGUCGAUCAACCGGAGUUCCUUACGGCAGUUGGAUGAGAGAAGGGAAAGGCAGCAAUUGCUGUAAGUUUCUUGGCUUAAAUUAGGGUAUCAUUCGAAGUAUAAAAUACUGUACAUGUAUAUCUGUUUAAGUGGAAGACUCUACAUCUUCGGAUAGAGUUCUAACUCUGGUCGCGACCACCGAAGGUCUGCAGAUCAGAGACCCCAACGGGCAGUAUCGCCCACCUCCGAUACAACCCCUAUACUCGGAUCCAGUGGCCCGAGAGUCAACUCCGAAUGUCGACUUCUGCUUGCCAAACCAAGGUAAGUCGAAGAUGAUUUGCUGAGAUCAUAACAAUAAAAAUAAUUUUUUUUCAUUGUUGUGGCCAUAUACCAAAUUUUUCAAAUUUUACAUUAAUAACUUACAUACACUACCUAUCGAUCACUUGAAGUCUGUGAUACUCGAAUAUUUUGUGUAGGAUAAUAAGUAAUAUGGGCACACAGACAAUGGUCUUCCAGGUUUGCUGGAUACGCUUUGAUCUCCCAUUUAAAAGAAACCAAACAAACCUGAAUGUUUAUCGUCAGAACAACGCAUGCCGUUUUUAAAAUUUUUUGCAAAGCUUUGCCAAAUUUAACCAAUUCCACAAAAGGGUCUCCGCAAAAAAUCGCUACAGUUAUUUCAUGUUUUCGCGGCUUAAAAUCUCCCAUUUUUUUCAGUUUCCGACGACAACAACUCCGUCAAGACCCAUAAUCUAUCCAAUCCUCGGAUAUUGAAGAAUCCUCGAAGAAAUAUCCAGAUCAGUCAGACAAGGACCAUUAUUCCAAAUGAGUUCAAAAUAAAGUUGGAUUCUACCAGUGGAUCCGAUAUAUCCAACAAAGCCAGCAAAAUCCCGUUGUCAAAUCGGCAAAAGUUGCAACGACGGAAGAGGAAGCCCAGAGUUGGAGGUACCGUGGGAAAAAAGGCAAAUGUUGCAACGAAUGUAGCGAAAAAGAAGAAUUCAAAAUAA